UUCUCUUUUCACAAGAUGGAGUGUAUAUCAGUUUACCAUGGAAAAAUAAGCCGUGAAACCGGGGAGAAGCUCUUGAGUGCUGCUGGUAAAGAUGGAAGCUACCUACUACGAGACAGCGAAAGCGUACCUGGCAUGUACUGUCUCUGUGUUCUGAACAAGAAUUUGGUUUAUACAUACAGAGUUCAUCAGACAACAACUGGAUCAUGGACAGCAGAGGCCGCACCAGGGGUUCCAAGGAGGAUGUUCCGAAAAAUACAGAAUCUGAUUUCUGCCUACCAGACACCUGACCAGGGGAUUGCAAUCCAUCUGCAGCACCCAGUAGAAAGAAAAACAACAAAAACGCACAAGGUUAGCUGAGUGAGAGCAAGUGAAUUCUUCAGCCACUGAAGCAGGAGCCACAUUCAAAACUCCUCUUUGUAUUUUCCAGAAAAUAUUAUUCCUUCCAGAAAUCUGAUGAAAGAGAUUAACAAAAUAGAAGUGUUUAAUGUUAUUUUAUAACUAUGGCCAGGUACGAACAUUGCUGUGUAAUUUUAGAGCAAGCAUGUAUUGUAUGAAACCCAAAGCUGGAUUUUGGUUGAUGUGGCUUUGGUAACCUCAAACUGACAAAGAGAGUUCCACUAAACCAGCGAGAGUUUAAUCAUCUCACAAGAUACAGCUACACAUCUGUGCCUACUGUCUGGUGGGUGGUUUUGUAAAUAUUUUGUAUUUUAAUGAUUUUUGGGGGGAUUUAAUAUUUUUGGAAGGUUUGAUUUCUUAUGUGUUAGACUGUGUUUAACUAGAUUUCAUAUUCAGCUAUCAACAUUAUGUAAAAUGUAAACUGCUCCUUUUUCACAAUUGGAAUGUGCUUAAAUCAUCUACUGUAUGUUGAUGCUAAAUAUCAAUCUAUCUUAACAUAAUGAGUGCUGA